GUGUUAAUGUCUACGCAUGCACCGCCUUACGGGCCAGGCUGUGAUAAAUAUCACUCACACCCUCCGGAGACACUGGGUUGUGCGUCUCCUGAAGUGAUGUUUUCUUUAUAAACCCCGCAGUUCUGGAAAUGGUACUUAGCUAGCAAGUCUGUCACUCGUCACCAAAACGGAUCCGCUAUAGUUUAUUUGUUGCCUAUUUUACCUUGUGGUUCAGCACAAGCGAGCCGAAUCGGAUUGGCUAAAUUUCAAUGGGGACCGUGGCUGAUGCUACGCGGGAGAAGGAGCUCUACCCACCGCCACCACCCAGUGGAGUAGUAUCUGACAGCCUGUCCCUGCCAUCUUAUGAAGAGUAUCCUGUUCACCGUCCCUUCAUCAACACGCUUGUGCAUCACACACCCCAAACACGCACACAUCAGUGGUGUCGCCUGUCAUCGGCCAGCAAGGCCUUUCCUGAGAGCAGCAGUGCGGCGAUCUUAUCUGCCUUGAGGAACCUCCAGGAGAAGAUCAGGAGAUUAGAGUUGGAGAAGGGACAUGCAGAGCUCAGCCUGCACACUAUGGGGAAAGAUGGGUCACACACUCGUGUGCAGAGUGAGAAAGUCACACAGAGACACUUUAAUAAUCAGACAGAAACACAGAGAGAGAUGAGAGACCCAUCCAACUGUAACCAAGUGUUGAUCACCCACCUGGCUGCUGCAGAGUCUCGCUGCGUGAAGCUGGAGCGACAGCUGGAUCACAUGAGGAGGAUGCUGCGCAGUGCCAAGGCGGACAGGACCAGUCUUCUCAAACAGCAGGUCUCCAUGGAGACAGCCAAGUCAGCUGAUCAACAUCCUGACACAGUGUCUGAGCGCAUCCAUUUGGAGAAGCUAGAGCGACUGGAACAGGAGUAUCUCAGGCUCACACGCACACAGAACAAUGCUCAGAUGAAGAUUCGUGAGCUGGAGCUGAAGCUGCAGGAGGAGGAGCACCAGAGGAAGCUCAUCCAGGACAAGGCCAACCAGCUACAUACAGGUUUGGAGGCCAACAGGAUCCUGCUGCAGUCGGUGUCACCCUGCCGUUCCACCAGACGGUCCAAAGAAAAGAAAUCCAAUUCAAAGCAGUCGUCCUACACACAACCACACUAUAGACUGAGCCUUAGAGAUGUACCUUUUGUUGCUGGAACGGUAUCAGUAGGCUGCAGCCACUCAGUCAGAGCAAAUGUCCAGUCCGUGUUGUCUCUCCUGAAGCAACACCAGCCACACCUCUGCAACAACAGAGUCCUGUCUAACAACACAGACAGCUGUGAGAUGGCUGGGUACAAGCAUUCUGACAGUUCCUCCUCUUCCUCCUCUGCUUGUGGGGAGGAGCUAUCAGAACUGCUGCAGGCGCUACAGGAGGAACUGCGACUCAUGGGCUUGGAGCAGGAUGAGUUGAUGAGGCAGGUGGAGAACAGUGUGUCAGAACAGGAACGAAGAGAACUUCAGAGAGAGCAGGAGAGGCUGCUGCUGAAAAUGGAGAGGAAAGGAGAGCAGAUCAGUAAGCUCCACAAACACAAAACAUUGAUAAAGAAGUUAAGAAAAGAAGCCAAUUCUAGGUGGGGCGGUAGGAAUGAGGUGAGGACAACUGGCACAGCGUCCACAAGAGGGCGCCCUGCUGCAGCAGUCAAAGUUCGACCAGGAGAGAGAAGCAGGAAGAAUCUGAGGCUGCUGAGGGACAUGAAAGCGCUGCAGACCUCACUACAGACGUGACACUCACCAGGACAUGAACACAGCACAGGAGGUUGAUCUUGUUGCUGCUGUCUUUCGACCUUUGCCCAUUACUUCACCAUCAACACAGCUACUGACCGUAAACCACUACGUGAACAUGACGGACCUGGUAGAACAAGAGUGUGUGUCCCUUAAGAAAAUGCAAUGUAAGUGCAGUGUAACACAUCUAAGAACACUAUCUCUACCAGCCCAGGUCAGCUUGUUGCUUGAUUAGUGCAUGACCAUAUAUUUUAAAGAAAGAGAGGCUUUAAAUGACACAUGAUUUAUUCUUUGCAAAUAUUGUAAAAGAAAUUUUUAAAAUCCAAUGAGGGCUAGAAAUGGUAUUUUAAUUUUCCUUUUCAGUAUUUGUUGACGGUUCCACUAUGGACUUAAACCAGACCCAGAAAAUUAAAAACUAUUUUUUAAGAAAGACAAAUGAUGCUUUUAUGAUGCUAAAACGAUUGAUUCAUAAAUAUUCACAAAGUGGAUGCUGUAGCCAUUGGUAGUGUAAAGAAACUACAACUUGAUUAUCCUAAUGAUGUGCUGAAGGACCUAAAAGACUACACUGCUUGGUGCAAACUCUGAAUACGUGAGUAGUGCACACUUAUGUUGUGUGUGUGUGUGUGAUCAUAAUAGUUGAUUAUUUCUACAAAUAUGUGUGAUGAUUGUUUAUUGAUAAUCACAGGCAAUCUGUUUUUGAGUGAGUUUUCUGUGAGAAGUAAAGCAUCCCAAUAAAGCCAGACUUGUCAACAACUAGUCCUCAGGAUGUAUUAAGCUAACAUUUCACAGUUUAAGUCGAGCUUUUUGGAGGCGUAAUGGGGAUUACCUUUGCUUGAACUAUGGAGAAGGCCUGAGUGAACCCCUACUGUCGUCACGCGUCUGAACAGCAGACCUGCCCACAGGCUCAACUAUGGGAGCGCUCCAAUUAACAGAUACAGAUGAGUUUGGACAAACAGAAGAUAAAUGUGGAUGGAUUAGGUAAUGGCACCGCACUUCAUUACUGCUGCUGUGGAAACCACGAGUAAAACACACCCGAACCAGAUUCGUUCUAGUCCUAUGAGCCGGUAAUUACUAGCUGAAUGGCUGUUUGACUAUAAAUGAUUUAUCAACCAAGGUGCAGUGUAGUUAACACAUACUGUUGCUAAUGAACACCAGCCACUGAGAAAGCAGCUUUUUUUUUUGUACGUGGUCUCAUUCUCACCAUAGUAUAUCAGCUACCAUACUGUAUCUAGACCCUCUGCAUUGUCAAUAAAUGUGUGAUACGUCACAGAUUGUAAAGGCAAUUCUGUGAUUUGUGAUAUUAUGCUGUGUAAAUAAAAUCUGAUUUGACCUUGGAUUUAGCAGAUCACAUAUUACACUAAAGUUUAAGUUAAUAAAUGCUUUGCUCUGACAUUCAAAGUAAAUGCACUUGCCCUGAUUGACUCCCAAUAAAUCUUAU